AUGACGUCAUUCCGUGCGUCCAAACUCGAGGAGCGCCUGUUGCCCGAGCUGCAGAGGAGCACAUUGCUGGAGCCUGUGCUCAGCGUGAAGAGGCUGCGGCUGGGAUUGGCCGCAGACGCGUUCAGCAUAAUGCCCUCACCGCCCUGCCCGUCCACGGUGGAUUGGGCCGUGAAGCAUUUGCAACAGUGCGGCGCGUUGGACGUGCGCGAGACGCUGACGCCGCUGGGCUGGCACUUGGCGCGGCUGCCAGUGCACCCGGCAGCCGGGAAGCUACUCCUCCUGGCCACACUCUUCGGCUGCCUGGACCGCGCCGCCAGCGUGGCCGCCGUCUGGAGCUUCAAGGACCCCUUCCAGCUGGUCAUCGGUAAAGAGAAAGAGGUAGACGCGGCAAAGCGCAGCCUCACAUUGGGCGAGCCCAGCGACCACGUCGCUAUCUCCGAGGCGAUACUGCAAUGGGAGCAAUGCAGGUCGUGGAAAGAGAAGCGUGCCUUCGCCUACGAGCACUUCCUGUCGAACAGCACGCUGGAGCUGCUAGCGGACAUGAAGAGGCAGCUGGGCAACAAUCUGAAGCAGAUGGGGUUCCUCGCUUCGGGUGACGUCAGGUCCAAUUGGGAGAAUCGAAACGCAAACAACCUCAGCCUCUUCAAAGCCCUUGUGGCCGCCUCCUUGUACCCCAAUAUAGCUUCGGUCAAGUGGAUGAACACAAACAUGGCUAAUCCAAAUAAAUCAGCGAGGAUAUCGGUGUUCACGCCCGAAGAGGGCAGAACAUCUCUGCACCCCAGUAGCGUUAUGGCGCCACCGAAACACAACAAGGGCUCCGGUCCGAGGGUCAACUUCUGCACCAACGUGGGCGCCAAUUGGCUAGUUUACUGGUUGAAACAGCGUUCCACUAACUUGUUCCUGUUUGAUGUCACUUUGAUAUAUACAUUACCACUGCUGUUCUUCGGCGAAUUCAUAUUUAGCGAUGUGGAACAUGACAAUCCUGAAGAAUGUUUCUUAUCGACAAAGACAAUAAAGGUAAGAUGUAAAAGAGAGACCGCCGAUCUACUGUGUAAACUUAGAACAUUGUUGGACUUUGUCCUAGCUUCCAAGGUGACCUCUACCCAAAAUUCGAAUCAUCAUAGCGAGUUCGAGGAGGAAGUAAUAAACGCUGUUACCAAACUCAUAACGGCCGAAGAUGAACGAGCCGACUACCUGGAUCACGAUUUUUCGGAGUCUGAUACGUCAGAUGGCGAUUCACACAGAAAAUUC